AUGACCCCAGCUAUGUUGAAUGUAGUAGAGUUGACCCCAGCUAUAUUGAAUGUGGUAGAGAUUGCCCCAGCUGUGUUGAAUGUGGUAGAGAUGACCCCAGCUAUGUUGAAUGUGAUAGAGAUGACCCCAGCUAUGUUGAAUGUAGUAGAGUUGACCCCAGCUAUGUUGAAUGUAGUAGAGUUGACCCGAGCUAUGGUGAAUGUUGUAGAGAUGACCCCAGCUAUGUUGAAUGUAGUAGAGUUGACCCCAGCUAUGUUGAAUGUAGUAGAGUUGACCCAAGCUAUGUUGAAUGUAGUAGAGUUGACCCCAGCUAUGUUGAAUGUGGUAGAGAUGACCCCAGCUAUGUUGAAUGUAGUAGAGUUGACCCCAGCUAUGGUGAAUGUGGUAGAGAUGACCCAAGCUAUGUUGAAUGUAGUAGAGUUGACCCCAGCUAUGUUGAAUGUAGUAGAGUUGACCCAAGCUAUGUUGAAUGUAGUAGAGUUGACCCAAGCUAUGUUGAAUGUGGUAGAGAUGACCCCAGCUAUGUUGAAUGUAGUAGAGUUGACCCACGCUAUGUUGAAUGUAGUAGAUUUGACCCCAGCUAUGUUGAAUGUAGUAAAGUUGACCCCAGCUAUAUUGAAUGUGGUAGAGAUUGCCCCAGCUGUGUUGAAUGUGAUAGGGGUGACCCCAGCUAUUUUGAAUGUGGUAGAGUUGACCCCAGCUAUGUUGAAUGUGGUAGAGAUUGCCCCAGCUGUGUUGAAUGUGAUAGGGGUGACCCCAGCUAUGUUGAAUGUGGUAGAGUUGACCCAAGCUAUGUUGAAUGUGGUAGAGAUUGCCCCAGCUGUGUUGAAUGUGAUAGGGGUGACCCCAGCUAUGUUGAAUGUAGUAGAGUUGACCCAAGCUAUGUUGAAUGUAGUAGAGUUGACCCCAGCUAUGUUGAAUGUGGUAGAGAUGACCCCAGCUAUGUUGAAUGUAGUAGAGUUGACCCCAGCUAUGGUGAAUGUGGUAGAGAUGACCCAAGCUAUGUUGAAUGUAGUAGAGUUGACCCCAGCUAUGUUGAAUGUAGUAGAGUUGACCCAAGCUAUGUUGAAUGUAGUAGAGUUGACCCAAGCUAUGUUGAAUGUGGUAGAGAUGACCCCAGCUAUGUUGAAUGUAGUAGAGUUGACCCACGCUAUGUUGAAUGUAGUAGAUUUGACCCCAGCUAUGUUGAAUGUAGUAAAGUUGACCCCAGCUAUAUUGAAUGUGGUAGAGAUUGCCCCAGCUGUGUUGAAUGUGAUAGGGGUGACCCCAGCUAUGUUGAAUGUGGUAGAGUUGACCCCAGCUAUGUUGAAUGUGGUAGAGAUUGCCCCAGCUGUGUUGAAUGUGAUAGGGGUGACCCCAGCUAUGUUGAAUGUGGUAGAGUUGACCCAAGCUAUGUUGAAUGUGGUAGAGAUUGCCCCAGCUGUGUUGAAUGUGAUAGGGGUGACCCCAGCUAUGUUGAAUGUGGUAGAGUUGACCCCAGCUAUGUUGAAUGUAGUAGAGUUGACCCCAGUUAUAUUGAAUGUGGUAGAGAUUGCCCCAGCUGUGUUGAAAGUGAUAGGGGUGACCCCAGCUAUGUUGAAUGUGGUAGAGUUGACCCCAGCUAUAUUGAAUGUGAUAGGGAUGACCACAGCUAUGUUGAAUGUGGUAGAGAUGACCCCAGCUAUAUUGAAUGUGAUAGGGAUGACCACAGCUAUGUUGAAUGUGGUAGGGAUGACCACAGCUAUGUUGAAUGUGGUAGGGAUGACCACAGCUAUGUUGAAUGUAGUAGAGAUGACCCCAGCUAUGUUGAAUGUAGUAGACUUUACUUAUAGCUAUGAUGAAUGUGGAAGUUUGACAUUCAACUGCUAA